GCCUUAGUAUAGAGACUUCUUUCUUCUACCUAAGGGAAGAGGCACCUGAAUGCUAAUAAGCACAGCAGAACACCAAGACCUGGCUGGAAGACACCACCUCUCCUCACCACUGCCUUCCUCACAGGAGCAACUGGAAGAGCAGGAGAAGACCCAGAAGGAGAAGUUGGGGCAUGUGCUGAUUGAAGAGUAAUACAUCCUUCCUUUGAUUUGAAAACUACAGUUGCUUGUAUUAUCUCAUCAAGGCUGACAGUGGAAUUUGCAUAGACACGGAUUCACAUUUACAGAAGUACCACGCAGCCUUCUCCCAUAUUCGCUGCACUGUUCUGCGAUGACCACAGCGAGGUACCGGCCCACGUGGGACCUCGCCCUCGACCCGCUGGUGUCCUGCAAGCUGUGCCUCGGGGAGUACCCAGCGGAGCAGAUGACCACCAUUGCUCAGUGCCAGUGUAUCUUCUGUACUCUGUGCCUGAAACAGUAUGUUGAGCUCUUGAUCAAAGAAGGACUAGAAACUGCAAUUAGCUGCCCGGAUGCUGCCUGCCCUAAACAGGGCCACCUUCAGGAGAAUGAGAUUGAGUGUAUGGUUGCAGCUGAAAUUAUGCAAAGAUAUAAAAAGCUACAGUUUGAAAGAGAGGUGCUCUUUGACCCUUGCCGGACGUGGUGCCCAGCAUCCACCUGCCAGGCUGUGUGCCAACUCCAGGACAUAGGGCUACAGACCCCCCAGCUUGUGCAGUGCAAAGCCUGCGACAUGGAAUUCUGCUCCGCUUGCAAAGCCCGCUGGCACCCUGGCCAAGGCUGCCCAGAGACCAUGCCAAUCAACUUCCUUCCCGGGGAGACCAGCUCCGCUUUCAAGAUGGAAGAGGGCGACGCACCCAUCAAGCGCUGCCCCAAGUGCAGGGUGUACAUCGAGCGGGAUGAGGGAUGUGCGCAGAUGAUGUGUAAGAGCUGCAAGCACGCCUUCUGCUGGUACUGCCUGGAAUCUCUGGACGACGACUUCCUUCUGAUCCAUUAUGACAAGGGGCCUUGCCGCAACAAGUUGGGUCACUCCCGAGCAUCGGUCAUCUGGCAUCGGACACAGGUGGUGGGAAUUUUUGCUGGAUUUGGGCUCCUGCUCUUAGUGGCCUCCCCUUUCUUGCUCCUAGCCACACCCUUUGUACUUUGCUGCAAAUGUAAGUGCAGUAAAGGUGACGAUGACCCACUGCCCACCUAGAGGACGGCGUGAUGCUGGAACAGACCCCUGCCUCGGGACGUGUGGCCCCCCUAUCCCCCACCAACCCCCUCACUAAACAUGUUUCUUGCCUUAUGUGCCCCAUUGAGCUUCAGUGUCUGGCUUGCUGCAGAGAUUUCAGGGAUGACAUCAGCAAGUGGGCAGAGGCCCCAGGGGGUCUCCUGGCUGUGGGGGAGGCAAGGGUGGUACAGGUGGGUGGGACGCACCCCACAGAGCCAUCCUGUGUCUUCAGACCUGGCUGGAAGUGGCAUUAGCUGCACAUCAAGGCAGUUUUCUCUCCAUGGCCGUAGACUGGAAAUGUCCAGUGGGAGUUUACAGAUCCACUCGGACACAGGGACACCUUGGCUUCGAGAUGGCACCAUGUUGUCAGUAGAAGUCUACAAGGAUUAGAACUCUCUUCAGCCAGCACCUGAUUAUCGGACUUGAGAAAAAAAAAAAAAAAAAACGCCCUGUUUGUGACAACUGUUUUUAUUCUGAAAGGCAUUUAGUAAAAUCCUUUUUAGAAGGCUUUUCCCCCUGUCAACUGAGUAGUGAAAAUCAACAAGGUGCGUAUAAACCAUCCUAUGCCUUUUUUUGAAAUGUGUAUUUUAUGAAGUUAUAGAUAAAUGACUUUUCUGGCCUGACCAUUUUUUUUCAGGAGCUAUAGAAAGCCUUAUGCACACUUUGUGGGUUUUUUUUUUUUCAACCUUCUGUAAUCACUUUUUGAAUGCUGUAAGCUGUGUACUGUUAUCCACAUGGGCCCCUGUUGUUGCAUUUUUUUGAAGAUACUGACACAUUUAACUGAUCAUCUCUGGCUUUAGACCGCUGCCCCCUUUCCCUUACCCCUGUCACCCAGUUCAGCUCACAGGGCCCAUCCCUCUUUCUCCCAGGUGGCAGCAAAUGCCUUUGAAUAUCUUUAAACCAGAUGUUUUCCUCUGAACUAGUUUUACUCCCACUGACUCUGUCUGGACUUAUUGCCCCGGUUUGUAGGUGGUUAGCAAGGAGACAGUGUCAUCUGGCCCUCUUAACCCUCGGAGGUUUGGUAGGAGCUUUCUGAAGUCUUUGCAUUGUUCAAAUGCUUUAAGUAAUUUGAAAAAUCAUGUGACUCACAUGGUCUCAACCCUGUAGUUAACUAGUUAACCAAUUUGUUUUUGCUAGGAAAAGAAAAAUAGGGAAAGGAAGGAAGGAAGGAAGGAAGGAAGGAAGGAAGGAAGGAAGGAAGGAAGGAACCUCUCUCUUUUACUUAAUUUUCCUGAUGUGGGGAGUUUGUGAAUUGCUCUUUCACUGGGCUGUGUGACAGUUUCCAUGUCAACAAAGUGUGAGAUAAUAAAACACAGAUACUCCAUCAAGUGACCUUGGAGACAGGAGAGAGGGUUUUCUUUCAGAAUUGACUUUCAAAGCCCAGUGUGCUUCUCAGGAGCAGGCUAGAGCUGCAGAGGUUUACACGGGGUUGAGGGGUGGUGGCGGUCUGAAGGCUUAUUAAGCAUCCUACAAAGGAGCAAAGCAAACAUGGAGUGCUAUCAUUUCAGCCAUCUGUCUACUGCAAGCGCAUCCUUGUGUGACUGCAUUUAUGGGUCAAUGUCAACUCUUAGCAGACACUCCUUGCCCAUAAUGACUUCACUUUGUCUAUUUUUUAAUUGCUAAUGAGUAACUGAGGAAAAGCAGAACCACUGUUCUCUCACCCUCUGGUAUUGAUUUUCUUUAUUAAGCUCAAGCCAUUUACAAGCUCAGUCCACAUCAAAACUCAGAGUCCUCCGUAGCUGCAAUUUGCAGGUUCACAAAUCAGGCCUGACCUCAGCUGAGACCUUCCUUCUGAGUGAAGCCUAGGCCUUGAGCCUCUGUGGUUGAAAACAUGGGGAAAUGUGGCCUGGCUUUUCUGGAAAGGGCUGACCACUCCAUGUGAGUCAGUAGAUGGGAUUUGAGGCCUGAAGUCUGCAGUUUAUACAUGAAACUCUCCGGCCACCACCCCUAAAGGCCUGUCAGUAGUGGCAUCAGUCCUGAGCCCUGGUUCCUCCCCACCUUGCCUCAACUACUGCUGUCUGUUCAAUAGCAUUCAUUGUUCAGUAGCAUUCUGUCCUCCCGAGAGUGACUGCAGCUCAGUCUACCUAAUCAAAGAUGGGGUCACCUUAUUUCUGUGAGACUUCCCUGGAUGUUCACACACCUCUGUAACCCCACCCACUCUCACACCUCAACCUACAGUGGGCGUCCGAAGAACAUGGCUGGAUGCAGUCGGGAACCAUAAGAAUGCAGGGGCCAAACAGGUGUGAUCAGAGUAUCCCCCUCUGCCCUGAGUCUUUGUAUCAAGCACACUUACUCAGUUGGAUUUAGUAAUAAAACCUUAACUCAUCCAUUCCCGAUAGAGACACCAGCAAGAUCACACUGAAGUAUAUACACCUGCAUUGUUCCCUGUGGCCGGCCUUUUAUUGGAGGCUGCCACACCUGUUUAUUACAGACAUUCAGCUUGAGCUAUGUGUGACGUGAAAUGCACACAGAACAGUGUGUGGCUUUCCAGUUAUCUGAAGCCAUCAGGCAGCUGACUAUGCCAUCGAGUCUUAGUGGGUGUACUUAUCUCUGCAAAACUCAGUCCUACACUCUGUGGACCAGCUGUUGAGGCUUCCCAUUCUCUCCUUGGGUGAUGUCUGCAGAGGCUAUGUCAUGAUAGGUGUUCAUGGAGGACAGGGCGUCAGCUCCUUGCAAAGACAGAAAUUCGGAUUCCCACCUCAUUACCCUGGAUUAGCUCAGACAGUGGAACCAACAUUUGCCCCUCCCACUUUGGUACCUAUCUUGAGGAGAACAAAUUCUCUCUAUGGGGUAUUAUUCCAUAAAACAAAUGUGAGACCCUGGCCAGUUCCCCCACUGAACACAAUGUGCCCAGGAGGAAGGAUAGACUGACUUCAAGAUGAAUUUAUCUUUUUCCACUGGAGUUAGGAAAGGGAAAUGUUGUUUUAUGAAUUAGAAGAGAAGUGUUUCCCUUGGCAGUCUUUAAAAGUUAGGGGAUUGUAAAAAGCCAGGGAGGACUUAUUUUGUAUACUUCCCAGAUUCCCACUGAAUGAUAAAUAUACCUGUGAAUAUAUAUAUAUGUAAAUCACGAUGAAAUGGUCAAGGGAAACCAUUUUGCAUGUAUACAAUUUUAGGAAGGUUUCCUUAAAGAAAAAUACCAAAGCUUGUUUCUCCCUCACAAGGAACCCAAACCCUUAUGAAGUUACAAGAGGUGAAGAAAUUAUCACUGGCUGUUGCCAAAACCUCAACCAGGAGGAACGGGCUUAUGAUCAAACAAUUCCUGAUGCCCCGUGACUAGGAGAGCCCACCUUCUUGGUAGUUAAAACCCCAUGGUCUCCAGCCUCCCUGACUUGUAUAAUCCUGUCUUCCAAGAUCCCAGGGCCCUUCAGUUAAGUGUAGCUAUGUGCCACGUGCCUGACUUUUCUUUUCUAUUUUGCCUUGGUGUGUUUUAAUCUUGUAUAAAAACAUGCAUGUGUCAGUCAUGUGCACGUGCACACGUAUACUUUCUGUAUUUGACAAAUGGUGGUGAGACCAAAAACAAACAAAAACUAAGAAAAUUGCAUUUGUGGUUUUGAAAUGUGAGUACACUUUGUACCACUAACACUGUGAUGUAUAAGAGCUGUUUGAAUGCCUUUUCAUGUUGUGAUUUGUACUUUAGAAUCUUAUAGAAACAUUUGAUUUAUAAUUUCAAUACAUAUUUUAAAUGUA